UGUGUAUCCCAACCAAUUACCCUUUCCUCAAACCGUUUUCUAUUGUGAAGAAAGCGAUCACGAGAUCACGCCCACCAAUUCGUCAAUCCACGGACAUCGCUAGCAAUGAUUUAGUUCGUCCGAGCUCUGACCCUUCUAUCUUGAUAACUCCAUCUUCGACAAUCCGUGCGGCGGACAUAGCCACGCCAGUCACCGGUGAAGUCCCAGGGGAAGGAGUGGUUGAGUGCUCACAACAAGUUUUCCCUAUCUCCGCAGAUUCCAUGACUUCUCACCUGUCUACCUGUCCACCAAUUGCUGCUGUUCUGAACAUAGGCCUGGCGUCAGUGGGUACUGGUAUGACUGUUGCCUUGGAUCAGGAUGAAGGCCAUGUAGAAGGGGCUGUUGAUUUCUUGCAACACCCUUCUCUUAUCUUGACUGUCUGCUCUGAAUGCAGAAGUAAUGCCUACCAUUCAAGCUGACAUAAUAAACAUCAUUUCAGCUCAAAAUGUGAACACAGCGGUACUAUGAAUCAAGGUGUGGACUCAAAUAUUCAAAUCACACUUGAGAUGAUUAGGGAUGAACAACUGGUGGAGAAGAUCUACAAGUGGCUUUCUCCACCUAAGGAGUCUCUUAACUACAAUGCUGCAAGUGCAAUUUUGGAGGGUCAACCAGACACCUGUCAAUGGUUUCUCAAUGGAAAUGCAUUUCAUGGGUGGGUCAAACAGCCUGGUUUUCUCUGGAUCAAAGGAAAAU